GUCCCCGCUGUCCCCGCGCUGUCCCCGCGCUGUCCCCAGGCUGUCCCCACGCUGUCCCCGAGCUGUCCCCGAGCUGUUCCCGCUGUCCCCAGGCUGUCCCCGAGCUGUCCCCGCUGUCCUCGGCGCUGUCCCGGCCCUGUCCCCAGCGCUGUCCCCAGCGCCUGCCCCGCCACCGGCCCCGCCGCCGCCCCGCCCCGCGCAUGCUCGCCCGGUGACGCCGCGACUCCAUGUGUGAGAAGCGCAUUAUUUGGCACCGGGAGCCGCGGCGGCGCUCGGGAUCCGCCGGGAGAUCCCCGGAGCGGCGGGGACAGCGGCGGGGACAGCGCAGGGGGCGGCGGAGCGGCCGCGGGGCCGGCGGGGAAGGCGGCGCUCGGAUGCGGCCGGAGCGGGGCGGAGGUGCCGGAGCGCCGUGAUCCGCAGCUCUGGCUGGAUCCCAGCGGGAACCCAUGACCGUCCCUGACAGGAUCUCACCAUGAGCGAGGACUCAUGCCGGACCCGCAGCCAGAAGCGCGCCCUGGAGCAGGAUGCGGCUCCCCCCGAGCUGGAAAAUAAAAAACUCAAGAUGGAAAAAGGAACCGCGGGGUCGGAGCUCAGCGCCGAGGGGGACGUGAAAAUCAAGGCAGAUCCCGGGGCCGGGAAAAUGCCGGGGUUGUUGAAAAGCGGGGAAGUCAAAGCCACCAUCAAAGUGGAGCUGCCGGCGGGGGACGAGCCCGUGGACAUGAGCACGUCCAAGGGUGAGGAUUCCCGGGAAUCCGGAGCCCCAGCCCCUCCUGAUCCCGCUCAGAGCAGCCCCGAGGAGCGCGAGCGCCUCAUCAAGCAGCUGAAGGAGGAGCUGCGGCUCGAGGAGGCCAAGCUGGUGCUGCUCAAGAAGCUGCGGCAGAGUCAGAUCCAGAAGGAGACCCCUGCCCAGAAGCCCUCCGGCUCCUCGGGAAGCGCUGCGGCCGCGCCCCCGCCCUUGGUGCGGGGCCCUCAGACUGCUCCCGCUGGGAAAGCCUCCCUCCAGACCUCUUCCAGCCGGAUCCCUGGCACUGUGAUCCCUCCUCCCUUGGUCCGGGGGGGCCAGCAGGCGAAUUCCAAGCUGGGAACGCAGCAGAACCCCCAGAUCGUGAUGCCCCCCCUGGUCCGAGGGGCCCAGCAAAUCCACACCAUCCGGCAGCACUCGAGCACGGGGCCGCCCCCGCUGCUGCUGGCGCCGCGCGCCUCCGUGCCCAGCGUGCAGAUCCAGGGCCAGCGCAUCAUCCAGCAGGGCCUGAUCCGCGUGGCCAACGUGCCCAACGCCAGCCUGCUCGUCAACAUCCCGCAGGCGUCGCCCACGUCGCUGAAGGGCGCGGCGGUGCCGGGGGGCGCGGGGGGCUCGGCCCCGGCGGGCUCUGCGGCGUUGGGGGGCUCGGGGGACGCCCCCGGCAGCAGGCAGGCCGCCGCCAAGCUGGCGCUGCGCAAGCAGCUGGAGAAAACSCUGCUGGAGAUCCCCCCGCCCAAACCUCCUGCGCCCGAGAUGAACUUCCUGCCCAGCGCCGCCAACAACGAGUUCAUCUACCUGGUGGGGCUGGAGGAGGUGGUGCAGAACCUGCUGGAGACGCAGGGUGAGCCCGCGGGGUUUGGGGGAAUAGGGGCGUUUCAGCCUUGGGGAAACGACUCAAAUCCUGAAUUUUGGUCCGAAACCUUUGUUUUURCUGGGRUGGGUUUGGCCCGGGAUGAUCCGUKCCKGAAUCACGCUCGCCCCGUGUUUCCAUUCCCCUUUUCCCUCACUCCUGAGCCGUUCUGUGACUGCUGCUGUUCUCUCCCAGGUGGGGCCCUGCCCUUUGUCAGCCCCGGGCUGAGCGUGCACAAAUCGGCCUCGGCCGUGGAUCGGCAGCGCGAGUACCUGCUGGACAUGAUCCCRCCCCGCUCCAUCCCACAGUCGGCCACGUGGAAAUAAUCCUGCUGGAGGAGAACUUGUCCUGGCUCUGCCAUCCUUUUCUACCACACUUCCGUGGAAUCUGCUUUAAUCCCAGCUGGAUACGCCCCAAGGCUUUCUAGGAUGCAACAAGACCACUCCUCAUGGCAGCGAGCGCCGUCCCUGCGGGAGAAGUGACCGCAGCGGGGGCGGCCGAGCCCCGGCUCCUUUGGCUCCCAGAUUUUCAUGGAAGCUGGCAGGGAGGGGGAAGAAUUCCUUAAAUUUUUUUUUUCCUUUUUUUUUUUUUUUUUUUUUUUUUUUUUUUUUUUUUUUUUGUUUUUUGUUUUGGAUUUUUUUGGCACCAGCACAACAAGGACUCUCAGCGACUCUCUCUGCCUUCAGCGGCGUCGCCGACGCCGAACCUUCCGCGGGAAUGGCCGUGGCCAGAUCGCUCCGGAACUUUGGGUGGUGGAUGGAGAGAGCAAUUCCAGCCCCAUCCUGCAUUCAGUGAGCCCAGUCCACGGCUGCUCCGUUCCCCUGCGCCUCCUCCAGCCRGGAACGCAGGCAGCGCAUCCUGAUAUUCCCAAAAAUCCCACGAUGCCGCCGAGAAAUAAGUGCAAAUUCCCGAUUCCGGUUGAGUAUGGUUUUGUUUGUUUUCCKUAGGGAUUGGCUGCCACCCAAAACUUGGCUGGGAGGUGGGAAGCGCUGCAGGAGCCUCCCACGUUUGGUUGGAUUCCGGUUGGAAUAGACUUUGGAACCGUUGGUAGUUUAAAAACCUCUCAGUUACUGAUAGACAAAAACCACCUUGGUUCUGUCUCAUCCAGCGAAGUUGGGCCUUCCCGACGYUCCCAGAGACUCCAAAGCGAAACUGUUUGGGAAUUUUUUUUCCUUUGGGAGGGUUGGUUGKUUGGUUGUUUCUUUUCCUCUUUUGUUGUUGUUUUGAGGGAUUUUACUCAGAAUUAUAGGAAUUCCAGAGGCUGAUGCGGGCAGGGAGGGCGYGGGGACAUUCCCGAUUCCCGCCGGGAAUUGCGGCCGUUCCCGAUCCUCCCCUCCACGAUUCGAGUUCUUCCAGGCAUCCCAAGCACGCUCCCGUCUCCGCCGCUCUCCCAUUCCCACCGAGCUUCCCGUCGGUUUUUGGGGAUUCCAGAGGUUCAACCCAAAAUCCAUCCGGGGCCRGUUUGGUUUCAUUUUUGGUUUCUCAUCCUCCUCUUCCCCGGGCUUCUUCCCAAAUUCCAGGCAAAUCCAAGGGGCAGAAUUCCAUGCCUUACUACUCGUGUCAGCGCUGGGAAAAGCGCUGGUUUGGGAAAUUAUAAAUAUAUAUAAUCUAGAGAUCUAUAUAUAAAAAAGGUGGGGGGGAAAGAAUUCAGGAAAAGCCGGAUUUAUUUUCUUAGGAAUCACUGGGAGAUGGAAAUUGGAAGCCAAGAAUUCCUUAGGGAUCCAUCCCCCGGGAUCCGAGAGUGACAGAACCCCCUGUCCCCUUUCCCGGCGUGUGGGAUUCAAUAUUUAGGGAUUUAGCUUAGGAACCCCCCUUGUUCUCCAAACUGGGAUUUGUUGCUGGAUAAAAACCCCCGGAAUUCCCACCCGGAUGCGGAUUUUGCUGCUGUCCACAGGGGUGCCAAGAGCUCCCAUCUGGGAAUUGGGCUGGAAUUUGGAGUUUYCUUUUCAUUCCAAGCUUGGGUUGGGAGAUGUGGACAGAGCGAUGARGUGGAUUUGCUUCUUCCAUUUAAUUUUAGGGAAAAGUUUCUGUUCCUUUCCCGCGUGGAAUUUUUUGGGGUUGGUUUUGGGGGUUUUUCCUCUCCUGUUUUUUUUCCUCAUGGAUGCCAACUGUUCAAUCACCUGGAUAAAGUUCAUUUGUUCCCAAAAAAUCCCA